AUGGUAUCCCUAAAAAUCGGUUUAUCUCUUUUUAAUGAAAAUAAUGUAUUGGCUGUUAUAAACACUUCAACACUGACAAGGGUGGAUCUAGACCUUCAUGACUUUGAAAUGAAAGAAAUGAAAAGUGAAUUAACAAAACAUUAUGGUGCGAAUUUCGUCUCGUCUCUUCAAAAAGCCAAUUCUGAACAAAAUUCAAAACAAUAUCGAUGGUUAGAACAAUGCUAUGAAAUAGUUAUAUCUGCGAAAAUCGAUAAUAAUAAUAAUAGUGGUGAUAUACCAGUUAUUCCAAUUGAUGGAGGUUCAGAUGCUGGUAUGUUUUGUGUAGUCGGCGCUCAAUUCGAUCCAUCUCGUAUUAUUUAUCAUCGCUCUACUACCAUUUCUAAUAAUAAUGAUAAUACUAAUAACAAUAAUUCGAAAUCAAUGGAACCGGGUGAUAUAAUCUUAGCUGUUGAUGGUUAUGAACUCUCAGGUUAUACGAAACGUGAUGCUAUUACAUUAUGUAAUGCUUGUCUACAAUCUCAUUCACAUGUUCGAUUGCAUCUUAGUCCACCUCAUGCAUUAGUCACAAGUAGUACAAUGUUGUCAAGCUUUUUGGCCAUUUCAUUUGCAAUGGACUCAUCAGAGUAUGCCCUUCAAGAAAAAAUUCGAGAGAAUGUUUAUCAACGUGUAGUACCUUGUACAACUAGAUUACCCAGAGCAGAAGAAGUAGAUGGAGUUCAUUAUCGUUUUAUGAAUGUACCUCAAUUUCUUGCACUUGAACGUAGUGGACAAUUAUUAGAAAGUGGAAUGUAUAAAGGUAAUCAUUAUGGUACACCGCGACCAGACCCUAAUUCUACCGCUUUAGAUCCUGUAUUUUUAGAACAAUUCCAAUUAUCCUCUACAGACAUUUCACAAAUCAGUGAUGAUGCAUGUAGGAUCCCACCGCCAUUGGCACCACUAAGCUCAUUUAAUACAUUUGCAAUGCAUGCUACCACUACUGCUUCGGGGACUAGUGGCAGUAACAUUACUACUACCAGUAGUAGUAGUAGCAGUAAUAAUAACUCUAGUAUUGGUGUAAAAUUAAAUGAUUCAUUACAACAAUUACCAACAUGUUCUCCACCACCGCCUCCACCAAUUCGCAAUUCAUCAAUUACAAAAAAUUCUAAUAUUGUCUGUAAUACUAAUAAUAUUAAUAUUAAUCAUGGUAAAGCAUCGACUAAUCUGUUAACUUUAUGCACAACUGAAAAUUAUCUGACAAAACAAUCGAUAACAACAAUAACAAUACACAGUUAA